UAUACUCAAUAGUUUCCUUAUACAAUAAGCUCAAUCUUAUAUUGAGCCUUAGAUAAGUUUCGAUUGUAUACGGAUUAGUAGAUAAACUUCAAUAUAAAAUGUUCGCGAAAAUUAAAAUUGGCAUAGUCUUGUUACAAGCCGACAACAAAUAAAUCAAAAUGAAAUACUUCAUCGCCAUCUCCCUGCUCGUCGCCGUGGCUUCGGCCGGUUUGGUGAAGCCUGUGGGCUCUGAGCUCGCCGAGCUCCAGGAGAUCAUCGCCGCCAUCAACAGCCCCAGCACCGACCCCGCCACCGCCGCCGCCCUCGAAGAGAUGCUCCUCGAUGCUCUAGGCGUCAAGCCCGAGCCCGUUGAAGUUGGACCCGCCGUCAUUGACACUCACCCCAUCUCUGUCGGCCCUGCCAUCAUCGAGUCCAACCCCAUCUCUGUUGGACCCGCCCUCAUCGACUUCCCCCUCCCCGACGCUGGUGUUGUCGCUGAGGAGCCCAUUGUCCCCACCCCCGUUAUUGUUGCCCCCGCUCCCGUCGACGAGGUCACACCCGUCGCUGCCGCCGCUCCCCUGGUCCAGAUCAUCCUGAACAUCAACCAGGCCGCCGCUGACGUUAGCCCCGUCGCUGUUGGCCCCGCUGUCGAGCCCACACCCGUGCACGUUGUGGAGUCUGCCCCUGAGCCCGUCCACGUUGUGGAGGUCGCCCCUGAGCCCGUCCAGGCUGUCGUGCCCACCCCCGUGCACGUUGUGGAGUCUGCCCCUGAGCCCGUCCACGUUGUGGAGGUCGCCCCUGAGCCCGUCCAGGUCGUCGAGACCGCCCCCGAGCCCGUCCAGGUUGUCGAGACCGCCCCCGAGCCCGUCCAGGUCGUCGAAACCGCCCCUGUUCCCGCUGAGCCCGUCGUCAUCGGAGUCCCCAUCCUCCCCGAAGCCGUCGUCGCCCUUCCUGAAGAACUGAACUAAACAGAAUAUUCUAGUAAAGUUUAAUUUUAAGUAUUGCAUUAUGAAAUGGUAAUAAAUUUUUUUGUUGCUUUAAAAAAAA